UAAAGCUGUAGAUACUUUAUAAGCAGGAACUGUAAAAGUGGAAGUAACUUUCUCAUUUGGAGACGUUGAUCUGAGCAUUUGAGAAAAAGAAUAAAAGAUUAUCUUGUCACGACAACAUGGACACUUCUAACAGGUGCCAAGUUGACUUCCAGUAUGAAAAGAAUAACACGGAGCACCGAACAAUUGAGAUUAGCAACAAGCGACUGAUAGUCAGAAGGGGACAACCCUUCAAUAUUAAGGUGACCUUCAAAGAUGGAUUCAAUCCCCAAGAGGCCACACUAAACUUGAUUUUAGAGACAGGUCAAGAACCUAAGAGAAAAAACAAUACCAAAAUAGAGGUUCGCUUCACUGAGUCAUUAAAUGCAAAAAGAUGGAGUGGAAUGAUCUCCUCUGUCACCGGAAAUGAAUUAUGUUUGGCCAUAUCAUCAUCGCCAAAAGCCAUAAUUGGUUACUACAACUUAUUUCUGAAGCAUGCUUACAAAGAGGAGGUGAAGUACAAUCUUGGAAAUUUUGUUGUACUCUUCAAUCCCUGGUGCUCAGAGGAUGAAGUUUUUCUCAACAGUGACAUUCAACGAAAUGAAUAUUUGUUGAAUGAAAAUGGAAUUAUUUAUUUUGGUAGUAGCGGUUACAUCAGGGGCAGAGACUGGAAUUUUGGACAGUUUGAAGAAGAUAUUUUGGACAUCUGCCUAAAGGUAUUGGACAAGACGCCCAAAUAUCUGAAAUCACCAUACAAGGAGAUUAAAAAUCGAAACUCUGCUGUGUACAUUGCUAGAACUGUGUCUGCCAUGGUGAAUUCUCAAGAUGAUAAAGGAAUUCUGACUGGUAGGUGGAGUUCCCCAUAUACUGAUGGAGUGAGUCCAGGGAGAUGGAAUGGAAGUGUUGCAAUUCUUCGCCAAUGGAAUAAAAAGAACUGUAGAGCAGUUCGCUAUGGGCAGUGCUGGGUGUUUGCAGGAGUGACUUGUACAGUUUUAAGAUGCUUAGGAAUUCCAACCCGUGUGGUUACAAACUUUGACUCUGCUCACGAUGCUGAUGCAAACUUAACCAUUGACAAAUACUAUAGUGUUGAAGGAGAUAACACAGGAGAAUCAAAUGACAGUGUCUGGAAUUUUCAUGUUUGGGAUGAGUGCUGGAUAGCACGAAAUGACUUACCCCCAGGAUUUGAUGGAUGGCAGGUUGUGGAUGCAACACCACAGGAGGAAAGUGAAGGUGUUUAUCGCUGUGGUCCAGCACCAGUAAGAGCAAUCAAAGAGGGAGACAUGGAUUUGAAGUAUGACGUCCCAUUUGUUUUCGCUGAAGUGAAUGCACAUUGUGUGAACUGGCUGGUGCUCAGUGAUGGAACAAAAAUGAAAAUCGACGUUAAUGAAGAAAACAUUGGCCACCACGUGAGCACGAAGAAGUGUGGCACUGAUGAGCGUGAGGACAUCACGCACAUCUACAAGUAUCCUGAUGGCUCCACGCAAGAAGAAGAUGUGUUUGCAAAGGCUAACAGGAUACAAAAUUUUCCACCACCCGAAAAGUCACUGCAAGUGUCUCUGCUCACUGAGCAGCCCAUUUACAGUGGAAAUUCUGUUCAAGUAUCCAUAGUUGUUGCCAACAAGUCUUCGGAGAAAAAGGUCUAUGACGUCAAAUUUUGGGCUAGGAAAAGAAAAUAUGAUGGAAGUACAGAGAAACAAUGUAUCAAGAAACAUAAAGAACAGAUCAAUCUUGCCCCUGAUGAAGCUAAGAAAAUUUCUUUGGAAGUGAGCUACAAAGAAUAUGGAUCAUUCCCUGACAUGUACAACCUGAUGAAGCUGAUAGCUGUUGUAAGUGAGCCAAAAUCUCAACAGAAUGCAGCAGCUGUAAAAGAUCUUGGUCUGAUCAACCCUCCCCUCACAAUUAAGAUGCUGAAUUAUCGUGCUAUCGUGAAUGAAAAGUUACGUAUACAGAUCAGCUUUAAGAAUCCUUUUCCUGAAACACUGAAGGAUUGUGUCAUGACCCUUGAGGGAAAAGGUCUGAUUGAAGAUGAAAUGACAAUAAUGGUUGAAGAUGUAAAAGCAAAUGGAAAUGCGAAAGUGAAUUGUGACUUUACUCCCUUUAAGACAGGGAAAAGAAAACUCCUUGUGGAUUUUGACUGCAAUCUACUGAAAAAUGCAAAAGGUUGCUUAGAGUUUGAUGUCCAAGAAGAAUAGAGAAAGAAGACAACAUGAAAAGUUCUUUUGUUUCAUUUUCUAAAUUUCUGUGAUUUUGCAUAUCAUUAUAUAUCUACAGACAGUCUACAUGUUUGAAUGUACGUGGCUAUAAUUGUAAUUAAUGAUCAGCUUUGACAUUACACUACUUUGGUGAAUGGUAAUAUGGUUGUGGGAGGUUUUAUUGGAAUAAGCUUAUCCAGAUAUCCAGGCUGCAGAUGGAGUGUUGAAAGACUGAAGAGUCAGUCAAACAAUACAAACAGUGCUUACGUGAACUUUUAGUUCAGUUAUCUAUUGUACUCACAUCUGUUCUCUCAGUGGCCAGGAAAGUUGAGUUCAAAGGAGAACAGCGAUAAGUUUCCCCCAGUCGCCUAUCCAAAUUUAUUUUUCACAUAGCACUACUGUCUAUAGAAUAUGGCCAAUAUAACUUUUGCCACCUGUAGAGUCCCGUUGUGUGGAAUAUAUACCUAAAUAAUUAAAUUGGUUUUAGAUUUUUGAAGUAAUGCAAGAAGAUAUUCAUAUUCCUUGUUCAUAGAUCUCAUUUAAUUCUCUUUGAGGUGUGACAAUAUGAAAAGCUGGUUCCAAAUUGCUGAUAUAGCUAAUAUCACAUUUUCCUCUAUCUCUGCCUAUUUGUGCACCUUGUAAUUUUGGUUUUAGUUGAAUGAUCUCCAUGCCUGUUGAUUUUUUUUUGCAAACUGAUGAUUUGCAUUGGACGAAAUAGUGAAUGCCAAAUGGAUCUUCUUGAAGUAUCCCUUGAGGCAAAUUAAAUUGAUUGUUUGGUCUUGGUGCUAAGUAUUUUAACGACUAAUAGCAAGGGUAAAUUUCUCCUGCAAAUGAGGCAUGUUUCAUCAUAUACCUGUAUGCAUCUUUGGGAUUUCUGUUACCCUGAAAUUAUUUCAUGAAAUAAUAAAAUCGAUAG